AUGUGUUGUAGGCUUCUGCUUCUCAUCCUCCUACUGUCGGGUAUUACUUCCUGCUCCGGAGAUAGCGAACUCACCGUGCUGCUCCGGUUGAAAUCCUCCAUGAUUGGGACAGCGGGAGGAGGAAGCAGUGGAUUAAGUGAUUGGAAUGAUUCUUCUUCAUCUCACUGCUCCUUCUCUGGUGUCACCUGCGACGAAGACGGUGUCCAAGUGGUAUCUCUCGAUGUUUCACAUAAAAAUCUGUCUGGGUCACUACCUCCUGAGAUAGGCCUCCUCAACAGUCUCAUCAACCUGACAGUUGCUGGCAAUGGUCUGAUGGGAACGGUCCCUCUGGACAUGGCCAACCUCACAUCUCUCAAGCUUCUCAACCUCUCUAACAACGGCUUCUCUGGCGAAUUCCCUGGAGAGAUCGUUAGAAGUAUGACCCAGCUGGAAGUUCUGGACGUAUACAACAAUAACUUAACAGGUCAGCUCCCAGAUGGGAUAGCUACAACCUUGGUCAAUCUCAAGCAUCUUCAUCUUGGAGGUAACUACUUCUCAGGGGAGAUACCGGAAUCCUACUCUGAGUUCCCAAAGUUGGAGUACUUGGCCUUAAGUGGUAACAGUCUCUCUGGCCAAGUUCCAGCAAGUUUGGCCCGUUUGGAGAAGCUUAGGGAGCUGUAUCUGGGUUACUUCAACACUUUCUCAGGAGGAAUUCCGCCGGAGUUUGGACUUUUGACUGAGCUUCAGGUUCUUGACAUGGCCACCUGUAACCUCACCGGCGAGCUUCCGGCGAGUUUAGGGCGAUUGAGUAACCUGUGUGCUUGCUUUCUCCAGAUGAACCAUCUCACUGGUAAUAUUCCCACCGAGUUCUCCAUGCUGAGUAACUUGAACAUGCUUGAUCUGAGUCUAAACAAUCUCACCGGCGGGAUACCUGAGAGCUUUUCCAAGCUGAAGAACAUGACACUGCUGAAUCUAUUUGUCAACAGCUUGGGUGGUCGUAUACCGAAAUCCAUCGGCGACAUGCCGAAUCUCCGGCUUUUACAGAUAUGGCAGAACAACUUCACCUCUGAGCUUCCUGAAAAUCUUGGCCGGAAUGGGAAGCUGGAAGUGGUGGAUGUCUCUUUCAAUCGGCUCACUGGAACUGUGCCUGAGAAUUUGUGCCAAGGGAUGAAGCUGAAGAGCUUGGUUCUGAUGAACAAUCUAUUCUCCGGACCGAUUCCUGAGCAACUCGGCGGAUGUGAGUCUUUGAGGAGAAUCAGAAUCCAGAGCAAUUUCCUGAAUGGGACAAUUCCUACCGGAAUUUUCAACCUGCCGGAACUAACGCUUGUGGAUAUGAACAACAAUGAACUCUCCGGCGAGCUUCCCAAAGAGAUGUCCGGGAAGAAACUCGGGCAGCUAGUACUUACCGGCAACAGUAUUACUGGAAGAAUCCCUGCUGCCAUUGGAAACCUGCAAAAUUUACAAAUUUUGUCACUCGACAGGAACAGAUUCAACAAUCAGCUCUCUAAGGAGAUUUUCAACCUCAGGUCUCUGUCCAAAAUCAACAUCAGUGGCAACAACAUCGAGGGCGGAAUUCCACCGGAGAUAUCAAACUGUACCUCUCUGAUAUCACUCGAUUUCAGCCGGAACAAUCUUAGUGGAGAGAUUCCAAGAGGGAUUGAUCAACUGAAGGAUUUGAACCAUCUUGAUCUCUCUGAAAACCAACUCACUGGUGGAGUGCCCAGUGAGAUGCAGUACAUGUCAAGCCUGACAAGCCUUAACCUCUCUGGUAAUAAGCUUUCAGGGAGAGUGCCAAACUCCGGCCAGUUACUGAUGUUUGAUGAAAGCUCAUAUGCUGGAAAUCCUGACCUCUGCUUCUCAUACAGUGGUACUUGCAGUUCCCAGAAGGCGAAUGCGAUUGAGAAUACUGGUCAUAAGACCACUACAUGUUUCAGUACUCUUAAAUUUGUAAUAAUUGUAAUUUCCCUUUGUUACCAGUUGGUGCAAUGCUGGUAG